AUGAAGAAAAAGUAUAUUGCAAGGAAUUUGUUAGCUGCACGCCGGAGACCAACUGCAUUCAAACUGGCCGGGAAGGGUGUGGCCCAGCUGAAGUCCUCCUCGUCGAACGAGGCGAAGAGUGACACCUACUCGAAGCACAACUUCGAACCGGACGACGAGGAGGUGUCGAUGAUAUUCGGGUUCGAGGAAAACGAUGCCCGCCAGAAGCUGCAUAGCUUUCCGAAAUGUUCGCGCUUGGUAAUCAGCCCCGAUCUGCAGGCCGAGCUGGGGAUGGAGAUCGGUACCGCCGUCAGCGUGGAGCACCCGUGGAAGGAGAUCAAGAAGGAGAUGCUGGAGGACCAGCUGCCGGGGAAAACGAAGGUGCAGCGCCAGCUGAAGGACAAGCUGAAGGACAUGGAACCGGGCCGGAUGAUACUGGUGGGCUACCUGCCCGACCAGAGCACCGAGGAGGAGGACCUGUUCGCCGUCUUCACCGACCACAAGGAGACGCGCGAGGCCCGCGAGCUGAUCCGCCGGCUGGAGCUGGUGGAGCGGCUCUCGGCGGCGGCCGCCAUGCGCAAGAAGGCCCGCCGCUGGCAGACGCGCGGCAGCGAGCAGGACGUGGAAAACUUCAUCCCGCUCAAGCGCACGAACGUGGUGAACGUGGAGUCGCAGAGCAUCUUUCCGGCGCAGCGCGCCAGCUCGUACCGGUUUCAGCUGCGCCUGGUGGCGGACGCCCGCGACGGCUACGUGGAACUGGUCCCGAAGACCGCCUUCCACAACAUUGUGCGCAAAUCGAUCGACUUCGGGGUGCAGCUGCGGCCGGAGAAGGUGCACAAGUUCCAGCAGACCGAUCCCACCUUUCCGACCAACGCCUGGUCGCAGUAUCUGUACGAGAUUGGGAGCGAACCGCAGCUGGCGUCGGUGGGCACCGGCGCACCGGCGAGCGCUUCCGCCACCAGCCCGCCGGCCGCCGUGUGCCCCAGCAGCCACGUCGAGCAGCUGCUGCAGACGCUGGAGUUUAACCAGAUCGACAUGUACCGGAACGACUAUCCCAUCAUCUCGCGCCACCGGUCCAUCGCCAAGUACGAGACGCCCGCGGUCGAGGAAACGAUGUGCUUCAUGGACCGGUCGACCUGCGCCAACCGGCACGUGUCCGCGAUCGAGUGGCAUCCGCAGCUGGCGGGCACGUUCGUCGCCGCCUACGUCCAUCACAUCCCGAGCGUGCAGAUGGCGGUGCCGGGAGCGGCCAGUUCGCCCGAGCUGGAGGGAGUCGUCGGCAAGCGCACCGUACCGACGGGUGCGACGGUCGGACCGGCGGGCCGCGAGGACGCCGUCAACCGGCUCGUCUUCGAGAAGUGUCCCGUGCUGGGGUGGAGCUUCGAGGAAUCGCUCGUGCCGCGGCUGUGGUUCGAUUCGCCCCGCGAAGUGACGGCACUGUCCUUCUGUCCGUACGACGGCCGCCUGCUGGUGGGCGGCCUGUCCAGCGGCCAGCUCGCGAUCUGGGAGCUGACGGACGCCCAGCUGGAACACAUCGGGCCGCGAACGAGUGGCCGCGAGCCCGCGAGACACCACGGACAGCAUCCAACGCCGGAGCAGUACCGCAGCGAGAUCAAGUCGCUGCUCGGCAACGCCAACAGCACCAGCCGCCUGCUGGCCCGCAGCCCGGCGGCCAGCCCGAGCGGCCCGGCGGGCAUCGUGCACGGCGCGGAAGCGCCGGAAACGCCGUGGCACGUGCGCCCGGCCGUCAUCAGUGCCCUCGAGCGGUCGGCACGCAAACCGAUCACCGUGAUCCGCUGGCUGCCACAGAACUACCACUGCGCCCCGACAGGGCAGCUGCGCGCCAACGGUGCCGAGGACGGUGCGGGGCGAUUCCUGCUGACGGGCGCCCUGGACGGUACCGUGUCGCUGUGGAAUCUGGACCUGCCCGUCCCGGCGGCACUGUCGGCACACGCGCACGACAAGGAGAAGGGCGUCGGCGAGGCGGAGAGUGUUGGCGCUGUGCCCGCCGGCCUCACCGGCACAGCCAUCAACAGCACCGCCCCCGCCACCGCCACCAUCGCCGGUGAGCCAACGACGCGUGGGCUGGCUCGGCUCAACCACGUGUUCCAUCCGACCUAUCGGGUGCGGUGCGAGCUGCCACUGGUGGCGCUCGCGCUCGACGAGCAGCCGAUAUCGCUCCGGGCGGGAGGCGGGGUCGGCGGCUUCCAGCUGCCACCGGUCAUCUGCCACCAGGCGUUCAUUGCCGGCACCCUGCUCGGUGGGCUGUUCUGGGGCAAGUGGGACGGGUACGAGUUCGAUCAGGGUGCGAUCGUGAACGAGGAGCCGGUGCGCGACCAGGACACCUUCGCCGCGGUACACGACGGGCCGCUGGUGGCAAUCGUGCGCAACCCGUUCGUGCCGGACGUGCUGCUGACCGCGGGCGGUACCGUGCUCGCCCUCUGGACGGCCGAUUGCCGCCAGUCGCCCAUCUUCUGGCGCCCGAAACCGGCGCCCGUGACUGCCUGCGUCUGGAGUCUCGACCGGCCGUCCGUGUUCUAUGUCGGGCUGGCGAACGGCGAUCUGGAGAUUUGGGAUCUGCAAAUACACACGUCCACCGCCUGCGUCACACUCAACCUCGGCGCGAACGUGCUGUCGAUCGUCACGCAGCAGCAGCAUCGCCGCAUCCCACAGCGCCACCUGGCGGUGGCCGACGGCAGCUGCAAUGUGCGGCUGCUCAGCAUCCCGGCCGCGUUCGCCGAACCGCGACCGGGCGAGCGGAAGCGCUUCCGGCAGCUGAUACGGGCGGAGCUGGCCCGCAAGCACGACCAGGACGCGUGGGUCCAGCGGUACUACGAGCAGAACCGGGAGCAGAUCGAGGCGAAGCUGCAGGCCGAACGGGAGGCCCGCGAGCUUGCCGAGCGGCUCGAGGUGGAGAAGCAGGAGCACGACGACUUCCUGCGCCGGCAGGCCAUCGAGGAGGCGAAGAAGAAGGCGAUACGGGACGCGGAAAAGCGGGUGGACCUGAGCCGCCGGCUGGAGGGCCGCUGGCGGUCGCGCUACUACCGGGCCCUCAUCCGCACCAUGAUGGCCCGGCGGCACCUCAGCCCGGAGCUGCUCGCCAAGCAGAUGCACCCGGAGCGGGAGCGCCGCCGGUACGACGUGCGCAAGCGGGCAACGAUCGGCGAGAGUGUGGCCGCUGCCCCGGAAGAUUAUCGGCGCGUGCAGCAGUCGCUCAAGGGGGGCGGUAAAACGCACCCGCCGGGAGCGGCACUGACGCUGGCCGAGGAGGGUGCCCGGUUGCGGGAAACGGUCCGGGCCCGGUUUCGCGAGGAGCUGAGCGACUACCCGCGCGUCAGCUGGGAGGCGCAGGAGGUGCUGCGCAACUUCCGGCUGCCGGCCGAGCUGGACAGCGUAGUGAGCAUUGUGGCGAAGGGACGGGCCCGCCGCGAGCUGGUGCUGUCGGACGACCGCGGCAACCUGGAGCAUCUGGCGGCGUACCUGGCGAAGCAGACGGCACGCGGCUCGGCAGCCGGCUGCGGGGACGGGCCGGCCAACGGGGACGAGACGGCGAGCACCGUUACGAAUGGCAGCCCGGAGGGCCGUCGGACGGUCGGGUUGCAGCGCGCCCGCUCGGUCACGUUUAUGGACGACGUGCCCAAGCCCAGCCCGGACUUGCCGGGCUAGGCACAAGGGUGCUGGUGUGCAACGGGACUCGAACCGGCCAGAGUCCCGUUAAGAGCGAUUGCUUUUCGGGGCGGGGAAGCGUCCGUGACAUGACAAACCGAAAGGCAGCCGAAGUUCGAACUAUUGUUCUGGUUUUUCGGUCUAGCGGUACUUGUCGCGCCAUACCAGGUGACGUCAGCGACCAACCUCGAACACAAUGUUGAGCAGAAGUUGCAGUCUAAAGGUUUCACGGACCAGGAGGUGAUGCAGAGAUGCCGAAGAGCUGAUGGAAUUCCAACGCCGGACGGACUGGGAAAUACAUUCUAGCCAAUUUCUAGUUAAAGCAAAACGAAUACAAACAUAGUUACCAAUCCCCGAA